AGCCUUGACCAAUGAUUUCAAAGAACUAGGAGGAACAAGGGGCUAGAAGGUCAGCAGUAAAGAAUAAAAGGUGACCCUUUCCAACAGCAGCACAUAUCCACUUCUCUCUCUGAUCGCCUGUAAGUUCCCAGAUCUGACAUCAUGGUGCAUUUUACAGCUGAGGAGAAGGCUGCCAUCACUAGCCUGUGGGGCAAAGUGAAUGUGGAAGAGGCUGGAGGCGAGGCCCUGGGCAGGCUCCUGGUUGUUUACCCCUGGACCCAGAGAUUCUUUGACAACUUCGGCAACCUGUCCUCUACUUCUGCCAUAAUGGGUAACCCCAAGGUCAAGGCCCAUGGCAAGAAGGUGCUGACCUCCUUUGGUGAUGCUAUUAAGAACAUGGACAACCUCAAGGGCGCCUUCGCUAAGCUUAGUGAGCUGCACUGUGACAAGCUGCAUGUGGAUCCCGAGAACUUCAGGCUCCUGGGCAACGUACUGGUGAUCAUUCUGGCUUCUCAUUUUGGAAAGGAAUUCACCCCAGAUAUGCAGGCCAUGUGGCAGAAGCUGGUGGCUGGUGUUGCCACUGCUCUGGCCCACAAGUACCACUGAGUCUUCCUUCCAGUUCAACAGUGCUCUUUUGUGUCCCCAGGGCCCUCCUUCUGCAUAUGGGGACUUGCGUUUGGCCUUGACAGCACAGCUUCUGUUUAAUAAAGUUCUUUCUAUUCAGUCA